AUGCGUAAAAAUCGUUGUAUUAUACAUCUAUCAAUUUGCUCAAUUGUCUUAGUUCCAGUAUUUUAUUAUAGUGUUUUCUUGCAAAUAGAAGCAAAUCAAACAGUAAAAAGAAGUUUUCUACCGCUAUUAUUAUAUAAACAAGGGUCAGUUAUUGAAAAAAAUGUUACACAAGAUACAAACAAUUUGACAUCUCUCAAUAAUACAUCUAUACGAAAAGAGUCUAGAGAGUUCAAUCCAUUUCCUGAUGGUUCAUUUUCAAUUUCAAUUAAUUUUACAAAACCUGAUCCAACUAUAUAUAAUUCAUUACCCAUAUGUAAUUUUUCAACAUCAAAUAAAAAUGUAUCUUUUUAUAAAGUACCAAUUAUCUAUAGACUUUAUCCAUUUAGUACUAUUGAAAACCAGCAUGGUGUUGAUUUCGGUGGACAUUGGUUUCCAAAAACUUGUCAAGCAGAACAACGUUUAGCUAUUAUAGUACCUUAUAGAAAUCGUGAAUUACAUUUAAAAUUAUUUCUUAAUGUUAUGCAUCCAUUUCUUAAACAGCAACAACUUGAUUAUACAAUAUUUGUUAUUAAUCAACAUGAUCAUGAAGAAUUUAAUCGAGCUGCUUUAUUCAAUGUAGGUUAUAUCGAAGCAAUGAAAUUGUAUUCAUUUGAUUGCUUUAUUUUUCAUGAUGUGGAUCUUUUUCCAGAAGAUUUAAGAAACCUUUAUAAAUGUGGAGAUAGACCAAGACAUUUAGCGGUUGCUAUUGAUAAAAACAAGUAUCAUUUACCCUAUUCAACGAACUUCGGUGGUGCAACAGCUUUUAGUGUAUCCGAUCUCCUUGGUGCGAAUGGUCAUCCAACAGUCUAUUGGGGUUGGGGUGGUGAAGAUGAUGAUAUGUUUUAUCGUGUUGUUAGAAAAUUAAAAAAAUCAGUUAUACGUUAUCCCGAUGAAAUAGCACGUUAUAAAAUGGUUCGUACAUUUAAUCAUACGGCAGCUAAACCUUAUCCUGAUAGAAUAAAAAUACUUACUUCAAAUUAUAACUAUAGUCUUGAUGGCUUAAAUACACAGAAUUAUACAUUACAUAAUAUACUUUUUUAUAAAUUAUUUAUAUUAAUUAAUGUUACAUUACCAAGAGAAUCACGUAAACAAAUAUAUACACGUCUAAAUAUUAAGAUGAGAUAA